AUCAGGGCAAAAUUUGCACCGCAACUUAACGCGUUUUCUAAGCGAAUUAAACGUUGUAUUGAUGGAGAACUGAUAGACCAAAGUGGUCACAACCUAAAAAUACUUAAAAGUUAAUCAAAUUGACCCGAAUAAUUGAGAAAUAUCCAGUAAAUUGGCAAAAUGGCCAGUCACAAGUCACUUUCCGUGAAACUGAAGCUUCCCAAUCGUGUCCAACCGGAGGUUAUGCCUCAGCCCGGAAAAGCCGGUCAGUAUACCAACAAGAUGCACUACUUGAAAAAGCACAUACUGGACGAGGUUUGCAAAAAGAAGUUUGCUCUGGACUUUCUGGAACCGGUGGACACGGAGGCUCUGAAGGUGCCCACCUACUACGCGGUCAUCGAUCGUCCCAUGGAUGUGGGCACGAUUCUGAAACGGGUGCAGAACAACUACUACAGAGACAUCGAGGAGGCGAUCUCGGACUUCCGGCAGAUCAUCCGCAAUUGCUUCAUGUUCAAUCGGCCGGGCGACGUGGUUUUCCGCAAGGGUCAAAUGCUGGAGAAGUUCUUUUCGAAGAAGAUCAAGGCCAUGCCCAAGGGUCCGGAGGUGGUCUGCAACAAGGACCCCAAAGCGGUGGGCAAGUCGAGGGCCAAUGCCAAAUUGAUGGCCACCUCAGCUCACACCGAACGCCUGUGCCGGGAGCUCUUGAAUAAGUUGCAGUGUUUCACCAACCAGGCGGAUACCACGGCCCGCAACUUCUUCAAUACCAAGUGGGAUUCGCUGGUCAAGAAACUGGACAAGCACUACUUCAAGACCUUCGACGAGUUCCGCUCGCACGUGGAUGGCAUCUUCAGGAAGUACCACGAUCCGGCCAAAAUGAUCUACGAAAGAGCCUUCAAUCGGCCAGCAUCCAUGAUUGAAAUGCCUAGUUCUUUGGGCAGCUCAGUUUUGGCUGAGGCGGAUCUAAAAGAGCUACUGCGAGCCGCCGAGCUGGCUGAGAAUGGCUUGAUGCAGUGCCUCCAGCCAGAGAGCUCGAAGGCUAGGAGUGUGAUGGAGGCGUUCAGUGCCAGCCUAAGCAAGCUUAAACAUAAGCUGGAAGCAUCAAGAGCAGAUGCCUUUAGAGAACAGAGAUUGAGCCCCAAUCAGGCUGGCGAAGAGGAGGAUUUGAACCAAGGAGAUCGCAAACCAGCUCUGGACUUGCUAGAGAGCAGUGAAGUGGAUGCGCUCACUGCGGUCCGUUAUGAGUCCACCGAUGACGAGGGUAACGAAGCCCCAAUGGAUGCGGUCAAUGACACAGAACGACGUAAUAUUCAGAAACUAUUCGCCAAACUGCCUUCGACGGCCAUGAGGGAGAUAAUCCACAUGGUCCAACAAACCGAGGGCUUGUCCUCGGAGACUUGUAGCGACCUCAGCUUCGAUGUCAAGGGGUUUGCGGCGGACACCCUGGUCCUGAUGAAACGGGCCGUGGCCAAGGCCAUGAGGGCUCACAGUAAGCUAAACCUCAAGGACAUGCAGCCUUCGGAGAAGGAGGGUCUACAGCGCACCUUGCAGUCCCAGUUGAUGGACAUUACACAGCUCUUGAACAGAAAUCGACGCAAAAAUGCAGCUCCAUUGAACAACCUCAAAUCGAAUGCAAAUAUUAAUAAAGGUAACGUAGUGCGGAAGCGUCCAAGUGCUCCUCUUUCCGCCAAAUUGAACCAGGCAACAACAGGAUUGAAAAGUGGCGAACUGGGAGUUGGCUGUGUCGGCGAGAGUCGCAAUCUAAGUGACACCAGCGAUGACUCCUCUGGUCCACCCAGUCCCCAGAGGCAGCGGGCGGGUGAGCCGACCAAUGCUCCCUCCCAGCAAAUGAAUUUCCCGAGAAGGACAACUGCCCCGCAGAAGAAACCCUUUGGCUCGGCUAAUUCCGUGCUCGUUGACGAUCUGCAGAUGAGCAGCAGCUCCAGCUCCAGCUCGAGCUCGAGCUCGAGCUCCAGUUCGAGUUCCAGUUCGAGCAGCAGCGACAGUUCCAGCAGCGAUUCCUCCGACGAUGAGGAGCAAGGAAGUCCUGCGCCCAAACGCAAAUUGGAUUCCAUAAAUGCUUGUACUUGA